AUGAGCUACUACGGCAGCUACUACGGAGGCCUGGGCUACGGCUGUGGAGGCUUCAGUGGCCUGGGCUGUGGCUAUGGCUGCGGACUGGGCUACGGCUGUGGCUACAGAGGCUAUGGAUGUGGUUGCUAUGGGCCCUCUUGUUAUGGAGGCUACGGGUGUGGCUACUGGAGUCCAUGUUCCUAUGGAAGAUACUGGUCUUGUGGAUUCUACUGA